UGCGGCGGGUUUAGGGUAAAAAAAAAUCGUUCGGAACAUCUGCGCCGAGGCCCAACGAUAGUUGGGCAUAUAUUUCGUAUGGGAAUCGGGCCCGGAUGUUGCCGACGGAUUGUUCGUUUUGAUCAAACACACCGAAAUUGCGGGGUCACACCGUACCCAUCCCGAGCGGCACCCGAGCGUGGCGUGUGUGUGCACGAGCUUUCCAGCACCCAGCACAGACUGGACCGGGUGGGCGAUGGAGCACGCGAGUGCGGCCGGCGACAGCGGCAGCGACGACGAACGACAUGCCCACCUACUUGUUCUUGUUGCAGCAGCGAAGCGGAGACGUCGCGAGCGGCAACGCGCUGUGCUUACCGUGGCGACCUGGCGAGUUGUCCUGCGGUCCUUCCCAGAUGGCGACGAGUUGGAGGACGAAGGCCUUGGCGGUGGCUCCCCCGUGAAGCGUACCCGCCGAGUUCUUCCACGGCCAGACUACCGCGCCUCGUUUUGGUGGCGCAUGCUGGGCGAGACGGGCCUCAAGGAACCAGCGUCAAGAGAGGUCAAGCUUUUUCGGGGGCGCUUCCGCAUCCCCUACCAGUUCUUAACCGAGCUUAUGGAGCUGGUCAAGAAGAAGAAGCGAUUCCCCAUGCGCAAAAAAGAUGUGGCCGGGCGCAUGUGCAUCCCAGUCGAGCUGAAGGUGAUGUAUUAUUGAGACAUGCCGAUUCCAAAACUGGCAUGCAUGCAUCCAUCUAGACUAUUAGACUAAAGUCUAUGCAUAUUUGUGUGCACACUGAGAACAAGGACAAUGUAUGGUCUACACACGCACGCACGUAGUAUGUGAAAUACAGAGGGGCGCGACUGGGUGUCGUAGGAGAGCAAGGGCAACGUAAGUAUGGUCUACACUCGUACCGUGGACAGUAGGGCUUGUGCCAAAGAUGAGAAAAACGUGGUGUACACCUAUUGAAGCUGCUGCAGGUAGAUUUUAU